AUGGCGUUCACAUUUGGAGCAGCCAAUCCUUCCAGUGCUACUACAACAGCACCCACUAACACCUUUUCAUUUGGAGGACCACAACCGGCGUCAACAUUUGCAUUCGGAUCUCAAACGACACAGCCAGCCGCAUUUGGCAGUACCGGUAGCUUUGGCUUUGGGGCAUCAUCACCAUUAAGCACCUUUGGCGGUGGAACGGCUUCAACGUCUGUUCCUACAACAACAACAGCAGCAGCAGCACCUGCAAAUCCAUUUAGUUUUGCAUUUAAUCCAACCCCAACAACGACAUCUGCAGCUAGUACAACAGGAUUCUUAUUUGGGGGCGGUGCAAACCCGCCAGCAUCGACGUCAACAACAACAGCUAGUUCAGGUUUAGGGGGCUUUAGUUUUCCUCCACAACAGCAACAAGUUCCUGCCGUCACCACUACACAAUCAUCUUCGUUAUUUGGUGGAUUUGGUGGUGGUGGUGUUGGAGCGAUAACAACAGCUUCUGCAUCUUCAACAACAAUACCAACAUUUUCAUUUGGAGGAAUUACGCCAUCACAACCUCAGACAACAACCAGUUCAGGAUUAGGUGGUUUCAAUUUUCCAUCUUCAUCGACUAUUAAUACAGUUCCACCAUCACAGCAGCCAUCUCAACCAAAUACAAUGUUUGGUGCUCCCUCAUUUCCAACACAAACUCAGAAUCCGACAACAACAACUUCAACUGCUUCAUUGUUUUCCUCAUUUGGCACAUCAUCACCUGCGACAAAUUUAUUAAGUAGUGCCAUUCCCUCAGCAGCCACCACAACAUCAAGUUUUUUCUCACCAUUUGCCGCUAAAGCACCAGCAACCAUUACUACCGCUGCCACUACAACACCUUCAAUGUUUACAAUCACCGGUCUUCAACAGCCGGCAGCGACCAGUACGAGUGUAUCCGCGCCAUCACAAAUCUCAUUCGCGACGCCAGCAGCAACAAAUCCUCCAUUGUUAUCGUUUAGUCAACCAACAUUCACUCCAGGAACAGCAGUCACAACAUCAACUCCUAGUGCAUUUUCAUUCGCUCAGCCAUCUUCAACAGCGGCUCCAUUUCUAUCUGCCGCAUCUAUUUUACCGAUUACAACGAGCGGACCUGUAAUAGCAACAACAACAACCACAUCAUUACCUUUUCAAAUUCCAUCGUCUUCAACAGCUCAAUUAACACCGGGACUGUCGUUUGGGCCACAAACAAACCUCUUAUCAAUACCUAAACCUGUAACAAGUGUUGCACCAUUAACAGGCGGUCUUUCGUUUGGUCCAUCUGCUUUUCCUGCAACUACUUCAAUAGCAAGCACAACAGUCCCGGCUGUAUCAACUGCAGCAAGUUCUGGCUUUUUUCCAUCGCCGUUAUCAACUGGAACAAUCACGGCGGUUUCUACAGCACCAUCAGCAAGUACAACAUCCAUAUUUCCACCUGCUUCGUCGUCAGCAUUUUUAUCUACAGUAACAAGUGCGCAGUCAUCUCAACCAAGCAUCGGUCUCGGUGGAUAUUAUGCUCCUCCUUCUUCCACAACAAUGGCAACAUCGACAACCACUACAUCAUCAACUGGCUACACAACCACAUUAGCUCCUAAACCGAAAGAAUCAACCGAUCCACUAGAUCAACCAUUACCAUCACAAUUAAAUGAACUAGUUGAUAAUUUCAUUAAUGUAUUAUCUCAGAAUGAUCAAUAUUUAGCUGAAAUGGAAUUCACUUCAACUAUUCGUUUUUCUACUGUUGACGAACAAAUUGUAAGAGUUAAACAAUAUGUAUUAGAUGCACAAAAUGAUGUACAGAAAGAUGAAGCCAAUUUUGCACAAUUAAAUCAAUCUUAUCAACAAGAGUUGUAUAAUGCUACAAUAUGCAAAUAUUUAAAAUCAUUGCCAUUAGGUGCUGAUAUUGAAGAUCGAGUUGUUGACAAUUAUUUUAUGCAAAAAGUAGACGACAUCAAAGCUCAUUACAAAAACUGUGAAGAUAUUUUAGAUUGUGCAGAAAAACGUUUACAAUCGUAUGGUGCUGAUAUAACGGCGGAAGAUUUAGUAUCUACAGCGAAAAGUGUUUAUACUGGAAUGAUAGCAGCUGGCUCAUCAGCUAAUCGUGCACAUAAUGCUGUCGAAGAUUUAAAAUAUCGGAUGCUUGGGGCUAUCAGAUCUACUAGUGAAUUUGACACACCAAGCAACAGAGUAUAG